AUGUCAGUUCCGCAGUGGGAUCCAUACCCACCAGUCAGUAGAGACGAAACCUCAGCAAUCACGUAUCAGAGCAAGUUGUGCGGUUCUGUUACUGUACGCGAUCCGUACAGUGCACUUGAGGUGCCUUUUGAUGAUAGUGAAGAGACCAAAGCCUUUGUUCAUGCACAACGCAAGUUUGCGCGGACGUAUCUAGACGAGAUUCCUGACAGGUAUAUGUCUAAUGUGCUCUUUAUCAAGAGUUGGAACUACAGACGAUUCACUGUCCCCAAACGCGAAAGCGAUGGUUACACCUACUUCGAAUACAACGACGGUCUUCAAUCUCAAAUGUCUCUACGUCGCGUGAAAGUGAGCGAAGAGGACACCAUUCUCACCGAGUCUGGACCUGGUGGGGAACUCUUCUUUGAUCCUAACCUGCUCUCUCUGGAUGGAAACGCGGCCCUAACUGGCUCAAUGAUGAGUCCAUGUGGCAAAUACUGGGCUUACGGCGUUUCUGAACAUGGUUCUGAUUGGAUGACAACAUAUGUUCGGAAAACAUCGUCACCGCAUAUGCCUUCUCAAGAGAAGGGCAAAGAUCCUGGAAGAAUGGACGACGUUAUCCAUUACUCUCGCUUCUUUAUUGUAUAUUGGUCGAGUGACAGCAAAGGUUUUUUCUAUUCUAGAUAUCCACCAGAAGAUGACGAGGGCAAAGGCAAUACACCUGCGCAGAAUUGCAUGGUGUAUUAUCACCGCCUCGGGGAGAAACAGGAAAAAGAUACUCUUGUCUAUGAGGAUCCCGAGCAUCCAUUCUGGCUCUGGGCACUGCAGCUCUCCCCUAGUGGCCGAUAUGCACUCUUGACUGCAAGCCGGGAUGCUAGUCAUACUCAACUAGCCAAAAUUGCUGAUAUUGGGACGAGCGACAUUCAAAACGGUAUUCAAUGGUUGACUAUCCAUGAUCAAUGGCAGGCUAGAUUUGUUAUAAUUGGAGACGAUGAUUCAACAAUUUAUUUCAUGACGAACCUAGAAGCUAAAAAUUACCUAGUAGCAACCUUGGACAUUCGGCAUUCAGAAGCGGGGGUCAAGACACUGGUGGCUGAAAAUCCUGACGCCCUUCUCAUAUCGGCAAGCAUCCUCUCGACCGAUAAACUCGUCCUCGUCUACCUUCAUAAUGCCAGGCAUGAAAUCCAUGUACACGAUCUUAACACCGGAAAACCGAUCCGCCAGAUAUUCGACAAUUUGAUCGGGCAAUUUUCGCUGUCGGGACGGCGUGACGAUAACGAUAUGUUUGUCUUUCACAGUGGUUUCACUUCUCCCGGCACCAUAUAUCGGUUCCGAUUGAAUGAAGAUAGUAACAAGGGCACCCUAUUUCGUGCUGUACAGGUUCCUGGCCUCAACCUGAGUGAUUUCACGACAGAAUCGGUGUUUUAUCCAUCAAAGGAUGGGACUCCUAUUCACAUGUUCAUUACUCGAUUGAAGGAUACCCCCGUCGACGGAACUGCCCCUGUAUAUAUUUAUGGCUACGGCGGCUUCGCCCUGGCAAUGCUCCCGACCUUCUCUGUCUCGACGCUUCUGUUCUGCAAGAUCUACCGGGCAAUGUAUGUGGUACCCAACAUACGUGGUGGUUCAGAGUUUGGAGAAUCAUGGCACCGGGAGGGAAUGUUGGACAAGAAACAGAACGUGUUCGACGACUUCAAUGCAGCUACGAAAUGGCUCGUUGCGAACAAAUAUGCCAAUAAAUAUAACGUUGCCAUUCGCGGAGGAUCCAACGGAGGAGUUUUGACAACUGCGUGUGCGAAUCAAGCGCCUGAGCUCUACCGCUGUGUCAUCACAAUUGGAGGUAUCAUCGACAUGCUCAGAUUUCCCAAGUUUACUUUCGGCGCUUUAUGGCGUUCGGAAUACGGUGAUCCCGAGGAUCCGGAGGAUUUUGACUUCAUUUACAAGUAUUCCCCUUAUCAUAACAUUCCAUCAGGAGAUGUAGUCUUGCCAGCUAUGCUUUUCUUUACCGCUGCGUAUGAUGACCGAGUUUCUCCUCUGCACUCAUUCAAACAUGUUGCUGCCUUACAGUAUAACUUCCCCAAUGGUCCAAACCCGGUUUUGAUGCGUAUUGAUCUAAACACUGGACAUUUCGCCGGCAAGGUUUGA